UCCCCGUCGCGAGCUGUUUUUCCCCUAUCCACUUGUAAUUGAUUCGGUGCGGCCGGGUUUGACUCACUGCUCUUUAUCUAUGGGGAGUUUUUUCUCCCCCUCACAACGUUUGUAAAGGAAAUGCGUCCAUCGAAAAUCCACCUCGAAGUGUCGUAAGGAGUACUGCGCUCUGUGGCGGCGACGCACCGUUUUAACCCCUGCUAGCAAUAGUAGCCUGCUCGCACUGAAACUUAUAGCCUGGAAAAAAAGAAGAGAGAGGGAGAAAAAAGAAUUGUUCUGAGAAGCGCGUAACGCCAGCGACGGCGAGUCUGAUGUUGUCACCUAACCAAGACGAACAUGCCCAUUCUAAAGACCUGGUGAAAUAUGGGGAACUGGUCAUUCUCGGGUAUAAUGGCUCCUUGCCGGGUGGCGACCGGGGCCGUAAGAAGAGCCGCUUUGCUCUCUACAGACGUGCCAAAGCCAACGGAGUCAAACCCAGCACUGUGCACAUCCUCACCAACCCACACGACAGCAAGGCGGUCAACAGUAAAGGACAUCACAGCAUCUCCUUCACUCUGUCCAGAAACCAGACGGUGGUGGUGGAAUACUGCCACGACCCCGACACUGACAUGUUCCAGAUCGGGCGCUCCACAGAGUCCCCUAUCGACUUUGUGGUGACGGACACGUCAGCGGGGUGCUCUAAGGAGAGCGAGGACUCCUCCGUGUCCCCGAGCACCAUCUCCCGAUUCGCCUGCCGCGUCGUCUGCCAACGCCACCCCCCCUACACCGCACGCAUAUACGCAGCCGGCUUCGACUCCUCAAAGAACAUCUUCCUCGGGGAGAAGGCGACAAAAUGGAAGAACCCUGAUGGCCACAUGGACGGGCUGACGACCAAUGGCGUGCUAGUGAUGCACCCGGACGGUUUCCCGGACGACAGCCGGCAGGGUGCCUGGCGGGAGAUAUCAGUCUGUGGAGACGUCUACACACUCAGAGAGACGCGCUCCGGACCCGUACGAGGACAACUGGUAAACGCGCCGUUGACAUUGCAUGUGAGAUGUCAGUCAGAACAGGCGGCGGGAGAGAGCAGUGCCCUGCAGGACGGCUCGCUGGUGGACCUGUGCGGCGCCACGCUGCUGUGGCGCACGGCCGAGGGCCUGCUGCGGGCGCCCACCCUGCGCCACCUGGACGCCCUGCGGCUGGAGCUGAACGCCGGGCGGCCGCAGUGCCCGGUGGGCCUCAACACGCUGGCCUUCCCCUCGCUGCCGCGCAGCCACAGCCUGGAGGAGCGCCAGCCCUGGGCCUACCUGUCCUGCGGCCACGUGCACGGCCGGCACGACUGGGGCCAGCGGCCCGAGCGGCACCGGGAGGGGGGCGGCGGGCAGGGCGACGGGCCGGGGGGCGACGGGCCGGGGGGCGGCGGGGGCAACCGGGAGUGCCCGCUGUGCCGCUCGCUGGGGCCCUACGUGCCCCUGUGGCUGGGCGGCGAGCCGGCGCUGUACGUGGACGCCGGCGCCCCCACGCACGCCUUCACGCCCUGCGGCCACGUCAGCUCGGAGAGGACGGCGCGCUACUGGGCCGAGACGCCGCUGCCGCACGGGACGCACGCCUUCCGGCCCACCUGCCCCUUCUGCUCCACGCCGCUCGCGCCCUCGCCAGGCUACACCAGGCUCAUAUUCCAGGGACCCGUCGACUGACACACGCCUAACGCCACACUCUGCCCAACCUCCGCUUAGAAGGACCCCCCUCAAACACCCACUCCAACACCCCUACACCUACGCCAGGCUCAUAUGUCAAGGGUCCGUCGACAGACACACACACACACACACACACACACACACACACACACACACACACACACACACACACACACACACACACACACACACACAGCAGUCCUAAACCCUCGCACCCUUGCCCUGAUACACCAGGACCUCCCACCUCCGAGGAUCCAUCAAAAACUACACCAUCACCCCCAAACCCCAGUUCCACAGGCAUGGACUGACCGCCCUCCCCCCAGGAUACCUCACCAGUGCUCUCCCCCACACAAAAUAUCUCCAUGCACCCCUUACCCUCACCAGCCCCCGCGCCUGUUGCCACUAGCGAUCCUACACUGACUGGUGCCCCUGGCCACACAACACAACGCCACCUCCAACCAAAAGCAGCGUGAGGCGCGGACUGCCCGACCCCUAAUCCCAUCCCCCUGGAUUACCCCCGCCGCGACCCCCACCCCCUCCUGGCUCCACACACCCCUGUCCCCUGACCCGACCCACUAACCCUGUGCCCCCGUACACCCCAC